AUGUCUCGGGAGAAACUGGAAGCGCUUGUAAAAAACAUGGAGAUUAUGCUCUCUGAAGUGGAGCAGCUGAAAAUCCACUGUACCAAACAGACGGAGGAAGUCAACCAGGUGGUUCUGGAACUCCGCCGUGAAAACAAGGAGCUGACUCAGAAGUAUGAGCAAAUCUGUCAGGACCUGAAGGAAGCCAAAGAGGCCAUAGUCCAGCUACAGGACACCAAAGUCGCCUUUGAGGCCAAAGAACGGCAAGCGCAGAAACUGAAUCGGCAGCUGUGA